UUACAUAAUGCUGAUGCGGGAGCCCCAGCAAAAGACAGGCGGAUGUUCUCAGUUCAUUAAGGAAUAAAGAAAAUAAGGACUUCCAGUACUCUGUUGAAUAAAGUGAGAAGAGUGGACAUCCUUGCCUUGUUCCUGAUCUUAGAUGAGCAAAAGUCUCGAAAGAAGUCUUCCUUACGUCUUAACAAGUGUCAGAAUAAUUAACAGUCUGGCACAUCAAACAGGAGCCUAAGACUCUAACCCUGAUCCUGAUGGCUGACCUUGUUUGAAACUGACCUGAUUUGAAAGAAACAAGUGACUAAGGUAGUGCCUGCAGCGUCGGUGGACAUUCCCUUUUGCCCUGAAGCAGCCUGGGGAUCUUGGGCCAGUACCCGCCUUCCAAACUAUGAACCCGGCAAUGCUGCCAGGAGCGCACCGCGCCCUAAGCCCUGUAGAGGGCGUUUUCCGCCGCCCAGUGCUGCUCCGACCUGCGACUGGGAGAGUCCGGACUACCGCCAGCUCCUCGCCAGCCUCGGUUCGCGGGCCCUGGACGCCUGGCCGCAUCCGUCCGCCCUGAUUCCCACUCCCGCAAGCUCCCUCGUCCCGCGUGGCAGGCGGGGAGGGUGGCGGAGGGCAGCGGGACGCGCCGUGCCAGCCACGUUGUGCCCACCGGCGCCCCAUUAUCCCCAAGGCGGGAUCUCCCGGCCGCCCGAUUUCUAAUUUAGAUAGAAAUUACGCUUUGUCCUGCAACUGUGGUAUCUGUGACCGCUUUAGGUUUAAUAAAAACCCACACAUACGUAAAGAAAGUGGUCACUUGUAGCGAGCGUGGGGGAGGGCGCACGGCCUUGCAGCCGCAGGCCGCGGAAGGCGGAGGAGGCUGUGGGGCAAGCGCACAGCCGAAGCGGAGCCACCACCUCCCACCGCCGGCGCCCCAGGGGCCACCCCUCAGGGAAAGGCCGCGGUACUCGGAGCGGCCCGGAAAGGGUUCGGGAGCGGCCUGCCCUUUGGGCUCCGGGCCAAGGGUCGCACCUCCCCCCCAGCCCCAGCGGCGGCCGCUCUCCGGCCGGGUGACGGAUGACGGCUGGGCGUCCGUGAAGGGCCCCGCUGCAGCCGCCGCCGCCUGCUCCCGGCCCGCUCGGCCAUGGGCACAGCCGCCUCGUCGGCUCUGGGCCGCCUCGGCCUCCCCGCGCCGCGCCUCCCCGCGCCGUCCCGGCCCGCCUGGCUCGGGGUGGCGGCUCUGGGACUGGGCGCCGUGGCGCUGGGGACGGUCGCCUGGCGCCGCGCGCGGUCCAGGCGGCGCCGGCGGCUGCAGCAGGUGGGCACCGUGGCGCAGCUCUGGAUCUACCCGGUCAAGUCGUGCAAGGGCGUGCCGGUGAGCGCGGCCGAGUGCACGGCCUUGGGGCUGCGCAGCGGCCACCUGCGGGACAGGUUUUGGCUUGUGAUCAACGAGAAGGGGAACAUGGUUACAGCUCGGCAGGAGCCUCGUCUGGUCCUGAUUUCCCUGACUUGUGAGGGCGAUGCCCUGACCCUCAGUGCGGCCUACACGAAGGAUCUGCAGUUGCCGCUCAAGACACCUGCCACGAAUGCAGUGUACAAGUGUAGAGUGCACGGCCUGGAGAUCGAGGGCCGGGACUGUGGGGACGCUGCUGCCCAGUGGAUAACCAGCUUCCUGAAGACACAGCCCUACCGCCUGGUGCACUUUGAGCCUCACCUGCGACCGAGAAAUUCUCACCAAAUAUUGGAAGCUUUCCGGCCUACCGACCAGGUUGCAUACUCAGAUGCCAGCCCAUUCUUGAUCCUUUCUGAGGCAUCGUUGGCAGAUCUCAACUCCAGGCUGGAGAAAAAAGUUAAAGUGACUAACUUCAGGCCCAGUAUCGUAAUUUCAGGGUGUGGUGUCUAUGCAGAGGAUUCGUGGGAUGAGCUGCUUAUCGGUGAUGUGAUACUGAAAAGAAUAAUGGCUUGUUCCAGGUGCGUCUUAACCACGGUGGACCCAGACACCGGCAUCAUGAGCAGGAAGGAGCCGCUGGAGACCCUGAAGAGUUAUCGUCUGUGUGACCCUUCUGAGCAGAAGCUGUAUGGAAAAUCACCUCUCUUCGGGCAGUAUUUUGCUCUGGAAAGCACAGGGACCAUCAAAGUGGGAGACCCUGUGUACCUGCUGGGCCACUAGUAGGAAUCAUGUCCUGCAAUGUCAGAUACCUUUGAAAAAAUGUCCUCAAAAAUGCCAAUACUGGGAACACAGUUCUGGAACUGAUACCUCAGCAUUUUCUUUAGGUCUGUGACUUCCAAGCUUUUUGUCUUUUGGACUUCCUGGUGCCUCAGUGCUCCCCAGUGUCUUUGCACAAGGUGAAGAAAUACAGUCUUGAUAACUUAAGAGGACUUCAGUAAGUCAUUUGGAUGACAAGACAGAAUUCUGAAAACCCCUCGUGUAACUGUGACGGUGGGAUUCGUGUUCCUUCUUUUCCAUUUACCUACCCAGAGGGCUAACCUCCAUCAUCUUAUUACCACUCUGUAGGGAAAGAGAAAAGAAGAGCAAGAGGAAGAGUGGGCAAGUGAGAAGAAUGUUCUGGAAGAAUGCGAUGGAGACAAACUAGCUCUGCAAAUAAGUCUGGAGUGUCACAUCAUUUUUCUCCUCAGGCCCUAGACUAGGUUUUGAGAAAGUAAAAAGAGCCUGACCUUCAGGAAACACUUGAGAUGUUAAUUUUCCAUAGGUCAUCUUGGACUUGGCACUGUUCCUCCUCAGACAACAUCCAUGAGGGUUUGAUGGAUCCUUCGUAGCAUGCAGUGUCUCUGGUCUGGAGAACCACUGACAUGUCAGGGUAAAAGUCAACUCAUGAGAGCAGCAUUGCUGUCAGACUCUGAUGUGGAACGUGUGAAAAGCAAGACAAAAACUUCCUCGCCUUGACACUUGAAAAUAUCAAAUACAUCUCAUUAGGAAUCCCAAAGUUUUCCCAACAUAGGAGAGUGGGUAGUAGCACUAGAGAGGGGAAGACCCCUAGUCUGAUGUUGUCUGAGAGGCUGUUUAGUGUUGACCGGGGAAAUGAUGGUGUCCUGUCUGUCUUUGCAGAAGAGCAAAAAGGAGGGAAAAAGCGAGGAUGUCACCUAGUGGUGUUGAAUGGUAGCUCAGCCCAUGCUGUAGAAAAGAUUGAAAAAAUACUGGUGGAUGGGUUUUAAUUUUCCGUCCUUGAAAAUUUUUUUUUAAGGAAGUGGGGGUACCCUCCAGGUGCUCUCUGCUUCUUGGCUGCAGGUAUUUGAUUUCCUAAAAGCUCUCAGAAGGGUGGCUGUGCUGCCACAAAGCCCUCCGAGAUCCUUGCUGUUCCCAUCAACUCAUGACAGGGAAUGCCUCCUUACUCGUGAGUGGGUACGCCUCCUCAAAUUCAGGGUGAGAAAGUUCUGGAGUCCAUGGAUGAGAAGAAAUGUGAUUUUGUGAUUUGAAAUAAACCACUGAAAAACUUUCAACGGAGAAAAAGAAAGCAUGUUCUAGUUCAUUAAAAACCAAUAUCUAAUCUUUCUACCGAUCCAAUGAUUUUUAACACUAAGUUGAUGAACCUUUUCUUUCACUGGCAUUUUGUCCUUAGGAGCUGACCAAAUCAUGAAAAAAUGUUCUCCAACUGUAAGUAAAUGGAAGCUACUUUGACUGGUUUCAGAUCUUGCUAACUUCUUGGCACAGAAAUCAGACUCUGAAGCUGACUGAUGUGAAUGGGCAAAGCCAAUAAUUCUGCCGCCUGACCAGAACCGGGUCUCUUACAAAUGGACCUGCUCACACACGGCUUCCCCAGGCGAACACCCAUCUUUGACGGGCUGUCAAGCGAACAUGCUUUUUACCAAAAGCUCUGCAUUUUCCACGUCGGUUUUAUACAAGAGCUUAGUAAUCAUUGGAAUCCAGCCUAGCUCUGAUGUUAGAAGUGAACAGGUGCAUACGUGUAUGUUUUCUGGUUGGCGAAUUCUUGCCAUUUGUGUUCUGCACACUUGGCGUGAAGUGGAGAAUGAAAACAAUCCAUCAGGUAAUCUGGCCCAUCGCCUUUCCCGAUAAAUCCACCAUAUGCUGAAACUACAGAGAGACUGAGGCAAAAAUAAGAAUUCAGCAGGUCACGUUCCUAAUGGGACCUUGGGAGCCCGUGGCAGAAUACACACAGGAUUUAAGAAACCAGGUGAAUAUGGACUGUAAGGGUAGCCAAGAGUUAGGCACCGGUGAGACACUCCAGGUUGGUUUGUGGCUGUUCUAGAGAUUUGUAAUCAGUGGCAAGUUGAAUGCCUUCGAUCUGAAUUUCUAACCCUUUGUAAAUAGUAACAUCCGAUUUCCCAGUGACCCAUUCUGUGUCAAAGGCCAUCCUUCCUGCAGACCCUAUCACUGUCCACAGUGCAGAGCCAUCUUCAAAUGGGGGAGGGGGUUCCCGGACACCAUCAUUUGUUGGCAGUCCCCUUCUGCCCCUCGGAGUGUGAGGAAGAUUCCUGUCUGGAGAGAGAAGUUCCAAUGACCUCUAGAAUCUCAGAGUAGUUGCCAAGCUUUCUGUCAGGGAGAUUUAAAAGCCAUUUACUUGUGUUUAUUUUAUAUUUAAUGAGUUGGUUCAUGCCAAAGGCCGGGCUGCUGUCUCGUUUAUUUUGGAUACCGAACAUUUGCACACAAUUCCACUUGAAAUAUAGGAUCGGGAAUAUAGACGAUCACAGACCCUCAGAAAGGUCUUACAGCUGUGGGUGAUGGACAUUUGAGGUCAGGCCAAAAUAUCCACUCUUGGUGGGUGUUGUGUUUCAUUCUGGGUGGCGACUUUGUGCUGUAAUCACAGCAGAGAGUUACCAAGCAAGAGCUGGAGAUCCACAAGUGAGGAGUGUGGGAAAGGCUCCACUGGGCAGACUGCUCGAAGGCCCACUUUCAUGGCUGUUCCAGAGAAAAAGUUGGAGCUUUGCAACUGGGAGACAGAGCAGUGACUUAGACUCACAUGGGCAGAAAAAAAUCAGGGUAGGCCUAGUGGGAAUCAGGCAGUUGUCUGGCAACGAGAGAUCCUUCUCCUGUCUUUCUGCCCUUAGGGUUGUGGGGGCAGGGUGAGGAGGUGAGCUUGUUGGGGCUGCCCAGUUGGUGGAAGCCAGGCCGGCUUGUCACUUUGGGAAAUUAUCUAUGAGGCUGUCACCAACAGUGAUGGCAAGCCAGAGCUCCUGGCCUGUGUCCCCAGAACUUGGGUAGUGUGACAGAUUGGAGCGGUCCAUGAUAGCAGAGAGCAGAUGGUCAAGAGUCACUCAAAGGCACUGGGGCGGCUCUCACACCAGGCUUCGACUGUAGGUCUAACCAGGGCGUUGGGGCCAUGUCCUAAGACGACACUUCCCCAGGUUUUCUUGGUCCAUGAAAUUCUGGGACUUGGCCUGGAGGGUUGCUUCUAAAAAAGAAUUCCACUCUGGGAAGUCCUGCCUGCCUCCCUUUAGGGUUUCUUCAGAGGCCUAACAACUCAUUGGAGGCUUGGGACCUGCAUCGAAGAAUUCCAUUGAACGCUGCCCUCCUCCGAACUCCUAUCUGACCCCCUCCUGAGAAACCUGUGCUGACCUCCAGAGCUCUCAAGAGAGCUCCAGCCAGGGGCGGGGAAUCACGAUUAGCAAGAGUGGUGCACUCAUGACAGGGCUGAGGAAGUUAAAAGAGCCCCCAACCACAUGAGGAGGCGUCUCUUGGAUGCUUCCUCCUGUCUUCCCCCUCGUCCCUGGACUGAGGCUUAAAAGGUUAAAGGAGGUGUAGAGAGAGCGUCUUAGACCAGCUCUCCCAUUAUGGAGCUUGGAGAGAUGCAUUCCUUUUCUUUGGACUCGUUUUCCAAACCUGCAUUCAUGGACGGAUAGGGUGGAUUGGGGUUGAGGGGUGGCACAGACUCUCGUCUUGGCCUUACAAUGCUGCACCUGUUCUCCAGGGCGUUUAUGCACCAGGGCGGGGCCCUAUCUUCCCAGCUGUUAGCUUUCCCUUUCCCUCGCCACUUGUCAACUGGAGUUGCCUCUCUGUACAGGAAGCAGAACUACCCCAGGAGUCCUAUUGCCCCGGCCAUACGUAUGUAUUCACUUUGUCCCAUGAUCUUAGACCUGCAAGAACAUUGUUUGCUUCUACCACCUUCUCAGAGAUGGAUGAGUGAGUUAUGACAGGGUCUGAAGUUGCCCAAUUUCAAGCAAGGGGAAGAAUCCGGUUGAAGGAUUCAACAAACGCUCUUGGAAUUGAGAAAAUAGAAGUGUACCUGAGGUAUCCUUGUCUGCUUUGACUGCACUGUCUUGGAGGAAGAGGCCCAGGCAAUAGCUUUGACUCUGAUCCUGUUCUCCCUCCAAACAUAGCUGAUAGGGGACUGGUGGGGCCAUCUGGUCGCAUCCUCUUUGGCCUCGCUCCGAAAGAGGAGAUGUUGCCCUAAUCACAUUAUUAGUCUUCCUGGACAGGCUGUAGUAACAAAAGGGGCCGAGAAGUGUCUUCUCAUCUAACUUCUUCCAAGGCUGAUUUUGAUGGGUGGGUCAAGUUCACUCACGUUUGGCUAUUGACCAACCUAAUGUAUUCACCCUUGGUGGUCCUCAGUCGUGCUCCCUUACCUUCACAGAGCAUUCUAGACUGCUCUUCCUCCUACUUCCCUACUGAGGCCCACGGCCCCUGAUUCUUUCCCUCCUUUUCCUGCUCUAGGCCCUCUACCAAUCCCUGACCUGUACCUUCAGUAGUCCAGACUCCAGUCCUGGUGGAGGCCUGUGGGAUAUAAAUCAAGGCUAACUUUUCUCCCUCUCUUUGCAAUUUGCUGGGAAUAUUGUAAAUAAAGUAUUGUCAUAAUUAUUUCUGAUUAAUAUUUUUACACCUAAUAAAGUUUCAAAGGGAUGGUGUUUACACUGUUUAGGGGAGGGGCAACUUCCAGAUGACUUGCCCAGCAAUUAAAGCCGCUUGUUAGUUGGAGGCCCGGGAUGGCCGAGGACAGCUGGAGAGCUCUUCUUUGCAAGCAGCUCUGGUUAACAUCAACUGGGAAAGCUCUUUGUAAACACAUGAAUAAUUGAUCGUCCAGCGCUCACAUAGCUACUGAGGAUCUGAGCCUGUAUGACUCAUUUGCAAGCCAUCCCUGUCGUCUGGAUGCCAUAACAUUGGAGGAAUGAUGAUCGUUUCUUGGAGAUUCUUCUGUGGCCAGAGUUGCCAAGACCAAGGCUGUAAUGGUUUGUUAUGAUGACCUUUGUUAUUCCAUUAGGCUCAAUUGCUUUAAAAAAUGAUGUGUGCAUACUUUAGGAACGUUUUUACCCUUUACGUUGACCUGACAUCAUAGUUUAUAUUACAAAAUGUAUUAAUGACAGAGGAGUGUUUUCAUGUCCCAAGGACAAAUUUUAACAACCAUAAUCUGCCCUUAGUCAUCAUCAAUAUAAAUGUAUUGGUCAAACAGAUCUCGUUAAUGUGGCCAAGAUAAAUGUAAGUCUAUAUUUUAAGGCAGUUGAAGUUCUAGAGACUAUUUGGAGCUUUUUGUGGGGCUAAGAGACCCUGUAUACGUGCUAUCAAAAGGCUGAGAAAAUUAACAUGUUUCCCCCUCUGGUUUUUUGCUGGACAGAUAUAAACGUCUUGGGGAUGUCAAGUAAGAUUGUUCACAUAGUUUCUGGACUCUGUUAAUGCCUGGUGGGGUGAAGCGUAGUUCUUAAAGCUGUAUUCUUUUCAUCAUGCUCACAGUGCUUCUGAAAAGAAAAUAAAGAUUUCAAGACUUA